GGAUUAGUGAAAAGGCAAUUGACGAGCGAUAUGUCACAAACACUUUUUCUUUACCAUUUCCUUGCCCUCUCCCUUCUUUUCACUUCGGCUUCGGCAACCAUUGCAGCUGGAGCCGCCGCCGCCGCCGCCGCCGCCGCAGACACCGACUUCAUCAGAACGGCUUGCAACACAACCACAUAUCCCACCCUCUGCAUCACCUCUCUCUCGAGCCGCGCCGCAUUCAUCGGCGCCGACCCGCAGCUCCUAGCCCACGCCGCCCUCAGCGUCACCCUCCGAACCGCCCGGUCAACGGCCGCCGCGAUGGUCAAGAUGGCCAGGCGCCACGGCUUGGCGCGCCGAGAGAUCGGCGCCAUGAGUGACUGCAUCGAGGAACUCAGCGACACGGUGGACGAACUCAGGGACUCUCUCGGCGAGAUGAAGGAUCUCGGUGGCCGCCGCCACCGCCGGGACUUCAAUCGGAAGAUGAGCGACAUCGAGACUUGGGUCAGCGCCGCCCUGACGGACGAAGACACCUGCACGGAGGGGUUCGCCGGAAAUGGAUCUAACGGCGGCGUUAAGAUCGCCGUGCGGGGUCGGAUUCUGAAUGUUGCCCAUCUCACCAGCAAUGCGUUGGCUUUGGUCGAUCACUUGGCUGAAGAACGACACGGUUAAAUAUAUAUCUAUUUAGAUAUUACAAUCUCUAGAUUUCAGCUUGGUUUGCUUAUUAUUAGUAUAUGAAGAAGUAGUGGAGGCAUCCUUGCUCUAUGCCUUCAUCAAUGGCGGAUAAUUCCUCUGUUUUAAGUUAAAAACCGAUAACUCUCCGGUUGAGUAAGUCCGGCGGGUUACAAGCCCAUUAUAGUGCUCAUUAUAUGUAUAUCAUAGUCUGUAGAAUAAUGGGUGGAGUAACAAAAUGAGUGUUUAUAAAUUAUAACUCUGGUUUCAAUUUCGUCAAAGGUUACGGUGUCUGGCAACACCAUAAAU